AUGGUGAAAAUUCUGUACCGGUUUCGGAGGUGAUCGUGAGCCAAAACGGAUUUCGGAGAAAUUUACAGAAUGGAAGCACUUAUUCCAGUUAUAAAUAGACUUCAAGAUGUUUUUAAUACUGUUGGAACAGAUGUGAUCCAGUUACCCCAGAUUGUGGUUGUUGGAAAUCAGAGCAGUGGCAAGAGUUCUGUUCUAGAGAGUCUUGUAGGAAGGGAUUUCUUACCAAGGGGAAAUGGGAUAGUGACUCGACGCCCUCUGGUCCUGCAGAUGAUCCAUGUUGAUCCACAGGAUAAAAGAGGGGCAAGCGGAGAUGGCGAAGUGACAGGAAGAGCUAAUGAUGAAGAGAUUACAGCUGAUGAAUGGGGAAAGUUUCUUCACACCAAGAACAAGAUCUACACUGAUUUUGAGGAGAUCCGAGAAGAAAUUGAAAAUGAGACUGAUAGGAUGGCAGGGACCAACAAGGGGAUUGUACAUGAUGCAAUUCAUCUUAGAAUCUACUCACCAAAAGUUCUUAAUUUGACUUUAGUGGAUUUGCCAGGUCUUACAAAGGUUCCUGUCGGUGACCAACCUGAGGAUAUUGAAGGUCAGAUCCGAGAGAUGGUCGUCAAGUACAUAGGCAAUCCCAAUUCCAUCAUCCUCGCUGUGACCUCUGCUAAUACAGACAUGGCUACCUCAGAAUCUCUCAAGUUAGCCAAGGAGGUAGACCCUGAUGGUAGGAGAACCCUGGCAGUCAUCACCAAGCUCGAUCUCAUGGAUGCUGGUACAGAUGCUGUGGAUGUGCUGUGUGGUAGAGUAAUUCCAGUCAAACUAGGAAUCAUUGGGGUGGUGAAUAGAAGUCAAAUGGACAUCAAUAACAAAAAGGUCAUUGAGGAAGCUGUGAAGGAUGAAGCAGCUUUUUUACAAAGGAAAUACCCAGCUCUUGCCAGCAGAAAUGGUACUGCUUACCUAGCCAGGACACUCAACAGGCUUCUGAUGCAUCAUAUCAGAGACUGUCUACCUGAGUUGAAGACGAGGGUCAACGUGAUGACUUCACAGUUUCAGCAGCUUAUGGCUUCGUUUGGUGAACCGGUGGAAGACAAGAGUCAGACCUUGCUACAGAUUAUCACCAAGUUUGCUGCCGAAUACUGUGCAACCAUCGAAGGAACCUCCAGAAAUAUAGAAACAUCUGAAUUAUGUGGAGGAGCAAGAAUCUGUUAUAUUUUCCAUGAGACAUUCGGGAGAACGUUAGACAGUAUAGAUCCACUAGGAGGACUUAGAACUAUAGACAUCUUAACUGCUAUUCGCAAUGCAACGGGACCUAGACCUGCACUGUUUGUUCCAGAAGUAUCCUUUGAGCUGCUGGUGAAGAGACAGAUCAGACGGUUAGAGGAGCCCAGCAUGCGUUGUAUUGAACUGGUUCAUGAAGAGAUGCAACGUAUUAUAGCACACUGCGGAACACAGGAUCUCUUACGGUUCCCACGUCUCCAUGAUCGCAUCGUGGAAGUUGUAACCACCCUUCUGAGGCGGAGAUUGCCAGCCACAAAUUCAAUGGUUGAAAAUAUUGUUGGCAUUGAACUAGCUUACAUUAACACCAAGCAUCCUGACUUUGCCGAUGCUAGUCUUGUCAAUGUGCUUGUAGAGCAGAAUGAUAAGGAAAAUAGCAGAAAAUCUACAAGACAUACUGAAUCAGUACCCGAUACUAGAGAGAGGAAUGACAGGCAGUUAAAGACACCUCAGACCACACCCCUUGACGGGGCCGCUCCGAGGCCCGAUGGCAAGGAUAGCGGAUCAUGGGUUCCUUCGUGGGUUAGGGGAGCUCCGUCUAACGUGAAGUCUUCGAGCUCAGAGAACCUGUCGGUAGCAGCCAGUAGUACCCCACCACAGAUGAACAGUCCUAAAGUGGAACAGAAAAGACCAGGCAUCAAUCUCUUACCUGAUGUUCCUGAUGUACCAGUAUCUAGGAAACUUUCAUCAAGGGAACAGAGAGAUGUGGAUGUUAUAAAGCGACUCAUCCAGAGCUAUUUCCUGAUCGUACGUAAGAACAUCCAAGACAGUGUCCCCAAGUCUAUUAUGCAUUUCUUAGUGAAUCAUGUGCAAGAUAACCUUCAGAGUGAGUUAGUAGGACAGCUGUAUCGUCAGAAAGAGAUUGAUACAUUGCUUAACGAAUCAGAACAUAUGGCUCAAAGAAGGAAAGAUGCUCAAGAAAUGUUACAAGCUCUUCAGAAGGCAGGCCAAAUCAUCAGUGAAAUCAGAGAGACACACCUGUGGUAGACCCCCCAUCCACCAACCACUCCUUUCACCCUGUCAAUAAACAGAAUUAUGUGAGAAAUUAGUAUUAAUGAACAAUUAAUUAUGUAAGUUUGCAAAUAUUCUACUACUAUUAUUUAUGUUUUUCACUGACCUUGAUCCUAGAUGCUCUCUGUACAUUCAUACCGAUUCAGUACAAAGUAUUACACAAACUUAUGUCAAUUCAGAUUGUAUGUGACUGUCCAGUUACAAGUGUGUUUUAUACUAGCAUAGUCAAGGCUUUUAAGAGCUUAAUGCAUGAGCUAAAUGUAGUUGGGUGGGAGGAAGAUUAAAAAUUGGUGUAUGCUUAUAUCUACUACAAACUUUUUUAUGAACUCAUUUAUUACUGUCCUGUCAAGUUUGCAUGUAUCACUAAUGAGUUUGCUUCGGAGAAGUGUUACUUUUUUUGGGGGGGGGGGGGGAGGGAGGGCAGAAUAUAUUAAAAAUACUUGGAAAUAACUAUUUCACAUACUUUCCUCUUUAUAAAGUGUAAUAAAGCUCACCCUACCCACCUGAAGAAAUGGGCGAUGUAUAAAUAAUGUGUACAGUAUCCAUUAGAAGUGAAUACACUUCUCAUAAGAACAUUAAGUUUCAAGGCAGCUCUUCACCAAAAGGUGUGUCUUUAUUUAAACAAUAAUAAAAAAUAUGUAUAUAUAGAAAAAAUUACAAGACACCAGAUUUAUUAUGACAAGCAUUUUUUUGUAAGGAAGCUGUUUAAAAAGUAUGUUUUUUUUAUCAGCAUAUUUGUACUCAAGUCUAGUGGAUAGUGCAUGUACUAAAAGCUCCAAGGCCAAAUCGAAUAAAAGGCAUCCCAUUUGUGUCAGUCAGUUGACAUUUGAAAGCAAUUUUUCAGUCUCAGUUCUUUUGCUCCAAUGCAUAUGUACAGCUGAAAUCGGAUCUUGUAAAAAGUUUCCUUUCUGUCAUUGAGUGGAAUGCGUGUUGUUAUUAAUAUGAUUCCCUUAAAUAACUCCCAAUAAGCCAUGUUAUUAUCUAAAGGAAUGAUUUAAGGAUUAGCUAUGCGUAUGUUUGCUAGUUUGAGUAAUGUCAAUUAUACAAACUGCUUGAAUCUUUUAUUGGAAGUCAUGAUUGUUUAUCUGUAGGAGCAUAUUUUGAAUUUUGUUAUGUUGCAAAACAAAGUAUUUAUGUUUAUUUAUUUCAUACAUUUGGGGAAAAGGGGAUGGGUGUGCAUAAUAUGGCAAGAUUGAAAUAACCUUUUUUUUGUGAUAUUAUUGGUCUGUUUGAUAGACCUGUGUUCUUAAGUGGAUCAGUAUGUUACUCCAUAAUAUUUUCCCAUAACUUUUCAGUCUUCUUUCAGUUCUUUUAUUAAAGUACUUCAAUGAGUAGUACUGUUUUGCAUGAAGUAUAUCCUUUACAUUAUUUACCGAUUCACCAUUCAACAAUUUUUAAAAAUAUAUGUUUUUGUAGUGUGCAUGGUGUGUUGCCUAUCUGUUAGGUUAUUUUCCCUAUUGUCAAUAUUAUUCCAAAGUUUGCUAUGCAAUUCCUUUUGUUCAAUCCAAAAUUAUUUUAUGAAUUAUAUGUAAUACAACCUGAUAACCAGUGAUACAUUUUGUUAAUAAUGAUAAACGAAGGGUUGGAAAUGAUGGAUCUAUGUAACUUUUUCUUUUUGGCUUAGCCAUGUACCCAGUACACUAAACUAAGUAGCAGACAGCUGUAUUUUUGCUGUGCAAAUCAAUAGAAGUCUUUACUUCAGUACCUGUUUUCACAUUUACUAUGAAAUAAGCUACCAAUAUAUCAUAAUUCUCAUUUUAAAUAUGUUUUUUGAAUGUUUUGUGCAAAGUAAGGCAUGCAGUGAUUGAGAUAAUGGUAAACAUGUACAAAUAAUGCACAGGUCAGAAUGUGAUCGCGAGGAUGCAGGGGACUCAAAGGGUAUUAAGCCGAAUGAAUCAUGAGGUGUUAGCAAAGGUUUUCUGCACUUUAUUACCUGAGAUGCCUGCAUUACUAUAAAGUAAAACAACACUUGUUACCUUAAGCCUGCUUAUUAUUUGUUGUAGAUGUAAAUGGGUUGGCAGUAUAUAUUUUUUUAAAAAUUAGACUGAAUAAUCCAUGCCUCAGACUUUCUUUCUGACAACACUUAGUUAUAGUGCAGAAGAAAUUAGUAGUGUCUACCUCAUGACCAGCCAGAAGUCCCUGCAUUCAUGUAGCCUCAAUCAGCCAUGGGCACACUUGAGGGUGUGUUUGUACAUGUAAGAAAAUUAAGCUAUUUUAGAAUGCUUGUUAAUUAUUUUUGUUGAGCACUUUUCAACUACAACAAAAAAAAAUUAAGGGAUCCCAUGUGAUUCUGUUAGGGGAUGUGAUCGGCUACAUUCUUUUCCCUGUUUUAUGAUUCUUGAUAGCAUCUCUGUCUCCCUGUCGGUAAAUGUGUAAUGGUAGGAUUGUCAAAAUCAUUUGAUGAUUGUAAAAUAUUCCUACAUUGUGCUUGUAUGUUACACAGCAUCAAGCAAUCAAGUGCAAUGGUAGUGUGGAACAUGUUAAGAUUUAUAGGAAUAGAAUUUGAUGGUGUACAAUUGUGAUGUAUGAUAUUCAUUGAUACAUUGUAAAGUAUGUUCUUGGAAGGGGCCACAAUGGUGUAAAUACGAGUAUUAAAACAUUUCAUAAUCUGAUAUUUUGACAAUGUAAAGCAUGUAUUAGUGUUUUUGUAUGAGUUACCUAUAAAUUAUUAUUUUUUGGUCUCGUUGUUCAAGGUACAUAGUUUUGUGUGUGUUGGGAUGGGAGGCUGUUCCAUUAUCUGUCUUCUUUAAAAUUGUCCUUGGUAAGCCCAGUUUCUCUGCAAGAGAGCCUACAUUGAAUUAAGUAAUGUAUAAGUUGUCAUUUUCAGUCACAUAUUCUUAUGAAACAGCAUGAGGCUUUCACCCCAUAUUCAUGUAACCAACACAACCCUUGAAAAACUUAUAUAGGAAAAACCCUUUGGUUUAAUUUUGCUUGUAGUGUCCAUAGCAUGUGCUUGUGUACUGUACUAAGUAGCAUUUAGACUUUGGGGGCAUACAGAUGACAAUGACACAUAUUUUUGCAUUGUGAAUCAUUGUUUGAUCACAGACUUCACUCACAUAAUUUGCUAAGAAAAUGACAGCUUAUACAAUGUAUACAUCAAAUGCUCUUGUGUGAGUCUCAGCCACUUUUGGAGUUUGAUUAAUGGACAACCGGAAUGAUUUUAUUUUCAGUGAAAAAACAUUCAUCAUUCAAAGUAAUGGAAAUCAUCUUUGAAACCAUUUCUUCAUGUACAAUUACUAUUUUAGAUUCAUUCUGAAAGCCAUAACAUGUUUGAGUAAAAGAAAAUACUUCAAAGCUGACACUCAGGCAGGUAGCGUAAAUAGAUAGAUUGUUAUUUAGUUGUACAAAAAAUGUCAAUAUACUGAUAUCUCCAUCUAGCAAACUGUCUUUAAUGCAGGACAUAUUUAUUAAAGGGAAUCCAUGUACUACUAGGAGGGAAAUAUUAGGCCAAGGGUUUCUCAAAAUGUAAAUCUGAUGGAUCGUUUUUAAUCAAACAUAGAUUAGAUUUUGUCUUUCAGUGAUUUGCACAUUUUAAGGAUUGUUUUCAAUGUAAUAUUGUAUUAUGGAAACCUCAUAUGAAAGCAAGUAUAUAGAGUGUGGAAUAA